AUUCCCCGCUGUCAACGCCCCCCAGAUGAACGAUCUGAGGAAGGCAUGAUAAGCCCUUCGUGCAAACGUUUGAAUUACAUACAAUUGUAAUAUUCCGUGACUUAAUUUUAUUUACAGCAAGUCAUCUCACCACAUUCAUCUAAGCCGAUGAUUGGUGUUAUUAGACUACACACCUCUCAGUAUCUACAUAAUAAUACCUAUCAUGGCUGAAGCAUGGAAGGAUACCAUCACCCAGAGUCUGGAGUGUCCUGUAUGUCUGACCACCUUCACCGAUCCGAAAAUCCUGUCUUGUUCCCACACCUUCUGUAAGGCAUGCAUGGACAUCCUUUACGAAUGCCUUGGGGAUGACCGUAAGUUCCGAUGUCCCGUAUGUAGAAACGAAACUCUGGUCCCAAAUCAAGAUGUUAACGCACUCCCGGGGAAUCUUGUUUUGAAAAAUCUUAUGGAGGACAUUAAGAAUCAACAUCAUCGUUGCACAAAUUGUAAAACCGUCGACACUACAGAUUCCUACUGCCAAGAUUGUGGCAAGUAUCUCUGCAUCACUUGUCACAGCAUGCAUACUAAAUGGGAAGACUUCAUCGGUCAUGAAAUUGUUGCGAUUAGUGAUAUCACAUCAGGAAAGGUAAAAGUACGAACAUAUCAAAAAUGCAAGAAACAUCACAGAGAAGAUGAGGAAAUCUUUUGUCGUAUCUGUAGGAAAUUUGCAUGCUACAAAUGUGUACCUCUAGAGCAUACAGGCGAAGGACAUCGAAACAUCACUGCAGAUGAAUAUGAACAAAAUUACAUGACAAAGAUCAAUGACCUCAAAUCAAAGGUAUACAAGAAAUGCUCUUCCUUCAAGAAGUAUGUCAAAUUCAUAAAUGAUCAGCAGGAACUUGUGAGCAAUGCUCAGGAUCAGUGUUUAAAUGAUAUUCAAGAAGCAUAUGAUACAUUAGUCCAGCAGUUGACCGAGAAAAAAGAGCUACCCGAAGGUGAAGUCAAGGAUAGAGUUGAGGGAGUAAAAAAAGAACUUGAUAAAAUGAACAGAUCCGCUCAGAGUUACAUCACAUUAUUGACUACAUUGGCUAACUUGAUCACGAAGAAGGCAAAAGCACCGUUAGAUAUGGACACGUUGGCUGUACAUGACACGUUAUGUGAAGACUUACUGGAGGCCUUGGAUGAAAAAGAACCCGACUACGACAAGCCAUUGCAGUUAAGCAAGAAAGGGAAGCUUGUAAUGUUUCUUCCAUUCGAAGGAAACCUAGAACUGCCUCUUGGUAAGAUUGUUGAAGUAGUUGCAAAGAACAUCAUAAAUUUGCCUUCCAAUAAUAAUCACAUGAAUACCAUUGCUAGGACACCGGACGGUAGGAUGUUAGUGGGAUGUAAGAGAGGUGGGGAGAUUUUUGCUUCUGAUGGUCAUCUCCAGGAGUCGAUUCUCAAGGAUGUUGAUAUUCGUGGAGUGGGUUUCCUGUCUGACAAUCGAUGUGCUGUGAUUGAUGGUUCAAACAAUAUCACAAUAUACACACUAGAGUACAGAAAAUUGAAUGUUGAGUUUGGGACACUGAGUAAAGAAGAAGGUGGAUUUUCCAACCUCACCGUCGACGGUAAUGAUCAGAUCUAUGUUAGCUACAGGAAAGCCAAGAAGAUCCAUGUUUUCUCACCAGCCGGUGGAAAGGCAGAUAUGGAGAUUACGAACACGGGAUAUGAAGUUACGCAAAUCUCUACCUACAAUGAUUUCUUACUAACUGCAAAUGUUAUUUCAGUACGUUUGAUUAACAAAGAGGGUGCUGUAAAGCAUAGAUUAAGGAAAGCGGGCUUCUACACUUCCAACCUGUACCCUGCCGUGUCUCUUGGGAAUAAGAUCUUGAUAGCUGAGGUGAAGCACGAUAGAGGUUUGGUGAGCAUUGAUGAGUAUACUGAUCAUGCUGAUGAACUAGAACAUGUUCAGAACAUCAUUAAUGAUUACAAGUUUGAGAAGCCUGGGAGGGUUUGGUAUUAUCUCGAGCAGUACCUGUCAGGAGAGAUCGCUUUUUGUACCACUGAUAGACUAUAUAUAUUCCAUUGACCAUGUUGAGGAUGAGCUUAGGUGAUUCUGUUCGUGUAUUGGACUAUAUCUCCUUCAUCACCACCGAAUCAACACUCAUAAGGCACAGGACUGCCAAGAAGGCUAUUAUAUAUUUGAAUUUGACCCUUUUGGGUGGUAUUGCAUCUUCACCUUAUUAUUUCAUAGUCAAUCUGAUAUUUCAAUUCCUCUUUUAAUUUGACGUCGCUAUUUCUGUUUUGCGAUGGUUGGGCUGUGGUCGGGAUUUGUUACAUAAAAGAAGAACUAGAAGAGAAUUAUGUAUAUUCAUUAAGGUAGUUCAUAACUCCAGAGAGAGAUUGCAGAUGAUAAGUUAUCAUUUUUUCAUGUAAGAAAUUACGGCAAGAGAUUUGAAUAGUCUAGGGGCCUUUUCACACGUGAAUCUUGAAUCAUCAUUAUAUUACGAAUAUAUAUAUUCGUCUUUAGAAUCAUCUGACAUUUCACAUGAAAAAAUACCGUAAUGUGACUGAAGCUUAACUGGAAUUCACCUCCGGAGUAGAAUUUGAAUUCGUGAUUUUGAUUAGCUUUCGUGGUUGUAGUUUGGUUUCACACGUGCUAAAAAUUCGUCAUUAGCCUUAUUUUUCACUGGAAUCAUCAUUAAACUUACGAUUUUUUCCGUGUGAAAGAGCGGUUAAAAUAUUCUAGUCUUUAUCAAUAAAGAUUUAUUACAACACCCCAUUAAAUUGUGUAAUGGUAGGCACAUUAAGGGCCUUUUUACACGUGAAUCUUGAUUCAUCAUUGUAAUGAUGAUUGCUAUUGUAAUCGUGACUAUGAUUAGCGUAUGUUAUUCUAAUCAUGUUCUAGUUUGGUUUCACACGUGCUAAAGAUUCGUCAUUAGCCGUAUUUUUUACUGGAAUCAUUCGAAUUACGAUUUUUUACCGUGUGAAAGGGCGGUUAGUGAGGCAAUCCCAGUAGGCGAUAGUGAUCGUUAGUUCCACUUAUAAAGUCAUGUACAGUAACAAUAGAAAAGGAAUGUGUUUACAUUGUGUUAAUUUUACUGUUAUUCAAGACUCUUCUAGAACAUGCACAAUUAGAGGUCCGUGAAGUUAGCUACUUAUUACUUUUGCUUAUUUCUUAUUCAAAUUGUAAAGCUAGCUACUUAUUACUUUUUUCCUCAUUCCUAAUUCGAAGUUUUUCCUUUUCCUUAAACCAUUCUCUCCUUAUUCAAAUGCUCUUUCCUUAUUAAAAGUGGCUCUCUCCUCUUUCAAAUUGCUUCUCUCUUUAUUCAAAAUGCAAUUUUCCUUAUACAAAAUGGAUCUCACCUUAUUCAAAAUCACUCUUUCCUUAUUCAAAUGCCCCUCUCCUUAUUUACAACGACUCUCUCCUUGUUUAAAAUGCACUUCUCUUUAUUUAAUUGCAAUUUUCCUUAUUCAAAAUCACUCUCUCCUUAUUCAAAUGCCCCUAUCCUUAUUCAAAAUAACUUUGUCCUUAUUCAAAACGACUCACACCUUAAUAAAAUACAAUUUUCUUUAUUCAUAGUCGCUCUCUCCUCAUUCAAAAUACCUCUCUCUUUAUUCAAAAGCACCUUUCCUUAUUUAGAAUGGCCAUUUCCUUAAUAAAACGCCCUUUUCCUUAUUCGAAAUGGCUCUCCCCUUGUUCAAAUUAACUCACUCCUUAAUAGAAUGUCAUUUUCCUUAUUUAAAGUGACACUCUCCUUAUUCAAUUACCCCUUUCCUAAUUCAAAAUAACAGUCUCCUUUGUUCAAAAUGCCAUUCUACUUAUUGGAAUACCCCUUUCUUUAUUCAAAAUAUCUCUCUCCUUAUUCAAUUGCCCUUUCCUUAUUCAAAAUAACUUUCUCCCUAUUCAAAACAACUCACUCCUUAAUAAAAUGCCCUUUUGUUUAUUCAAAGUGGCUCUCUCCUUAUUCAAAUUGACUCACUCCUCAAUAAAAUGCCAUCUUCCUUAUUGAAAAUGACUCUCUCCUUAUUCAAAUACCCCUUUCCUUAGUCAAAAUAACUCUCUACUUGUUCAAAAUGCCCUCCUCCUUAUUCGAAUACCCCUAAAUUUAUUCAAAAUAGCUCCCUCCUUAUUCAAAUGUCCUUUUCUUAUUCAAAACAUCUCUCUAUUUAAUCAAAAUGACUCUC